GACGAUCGGUCGCAGAUCUUGAGGCAGCGUGGUCGCCGUCGUUGUCGUCCUCAUCAUCAUAGUACAAGUGCGAUUGUAGACAUGCCGCACGUACUGCUGAGCGACUCGAUCGCGGUGGAGUUAGAAGCUCAGGAGCCAUGGCCGCAACCGAUCACCCUAUACCAGCCAUACGAAGUGGAGCAGAUCCUGCUUCCUGACAAUGCCAACUGUCUGGCGGUGCAGGCUUUCCUCAAGAUGUGCCAGCUGGACUUUCAGAUAGAGCCGAGGAAGAAUGCGGAAUUUAUGUCACCAUCAGGCCGCGUACCUUUUAUUAAGUGUGGAACGAAACUGAUAUCCGAGUUUGAUGGUAUAGUGGCACACAUAGGGAGUAAAGGAAUAAGCCUAUCCGAUCAUUUGGAUCCUGCUGGCAAGGUAGACAUGAGAGCUUAUCAGUCUCUUGUCAACAAUGUAUUUGUCAAUGCAGAACUAUACAUCUGCUGGGUAGACCCAGCGAUUUUGAACACAGUCACAAAGGCUAGACACGGAAGCGUGUACCCUUGGCCACUCAAUCAUUAUCUAAACUGGCAGAAGAGACGGGAAGUCAUAAAAAGGCUCAGCGUACUCGGCUGGUAUAACAAAAGCUUGGAUGAAGUCUUUGAUGAUGUAAAAAAAUGUUGCAUAGCAUUGUCUGAAAGGCUAGCGGAUGAAGAAUUUUUCUUUGGAAAAGAUCCUACUGAAGUCGACGCUCUGGUGUAUGGUCACAUUCGCACUCUCACAUCGCCCUCUUUCUUAUUCAAUCAAGAGAUCGUCGCUAUAAUCCAUCAGUUUCCCAAGUUAAUCGAACACACGUUCAGAAUCGAACGACGUUACUUUAGCCCUGAGAACGAGAUUGCAGAAGAAUUUGAAAUCAUUGAGUCGUUUUCUAAGGAUACUCUCUGGGAUGGUUUCCAAUCACGGCCUGAGUCGCUUCCUCCCUUCUCCGAACAUUCCUUAUUGUCAAUAACCUAAAUGUAUAAAAAUAUUU